AUACCAUAGUAUCAAAACAAAGCAAGCAGCCAGUCAAAUACCAUGUCUCUUCUCUUCCUAGUCUCCUUCCUCUUCUUCACUCUCCUUCUCUCAAACCCUUUACCAUCCUUGUCCCAGCAAGACCGAUCUUUCUCCUUCUCGGACUUCCCAUGGCUCCCAACUCAAAACAAGAGUCUUGUCUCUGGCAACAAGGUCUUCGCAGCUGGUUUUAUACCAUUAACCUCUUCUGGAAAUCUCUAUACUUUCUCUAUUUGGUAUUACAACAUAUCUGGAAAUAGGUUCAUUGUUUGGUCAGCUAAUGCUAAUUCUCCAGUCACCAGUGAUUCUUCUCUCAACAUCAGCGAUACCGGUGAGCUUCGUUUAAUCAACUCUUCAGGUCAAAACUUGUUGCCAGGGCAGCCUGCAGCUACUGGUAGUCGGAAUUCCACAUUAAUCUUGGAAGAUGGAGGUAAUCUUGUUUAUGGGAAUUGGCGGAGUUUUGAUUAUCCAACAGAUACGAUUUUGCCUAACCAGACAUUGAAGACAACGUUGCAUUCGAAAAAUGGCAAAUUCAGCUUCCAGAAUAGAAAAAGCCUGGUUUUUAACUCUUCUGAAUACUGGAGUACUGAUAAUCCGUUUCAGAAACUGGAAGAAAGUGGAAAGGUAGUUCAAGAUAACGGAGCUACUUUGGUUUCUUCAGAUUUCGGUGAACCCAAUCGGUUUCGGAGACUGACAUUGGAUGAUGAUGGAAAUCUUAGGAUUUACAGCGUUGAUCCGAGUACUGAUGAGCAGGAAGCUGUUUGGCUAGCUGUACAAGAGGUGUGCACGGUUCAUGGAACUUGCGGGCCUAAUGCUAUUUGCAUGAAUGAUGCAUCAAAUUCUGAUCCCACUUCUUGCGUAUGCCCACCAGGAUUCAGGAAAAUCGCCAAUGAUAAUAACUCAUGUGAGAUCAAAAUUCCACUCAGGAAUCCCAGAGACACAAAGUUUCUUCAGCUGGAUUAUGUUAACUUCUCUGGAGGCGCAAAUCAGAGUAAUCUCAAUGUUCAGAAUUUCUCAAUGUGUGAAUCCAGAUGCCUGGCCAAUCUAAAUUGUCUGGGGUUUGGUUUCAAAUAUGAUGGAAGAGGAUAUUGCGUGCUCCAGAUUGAUCGAUUGCUUUACGGGUACUGGUCUCCAGGGACUGAGGCUGCAUUUUUCUUGCGUGUUGACAAAUCAGAAACUGAUAAAUCCAAUUUCACGGGUAUGACAAGUUUGUUAGAAACAACAUGUCCUGUUAAUAUAAGCCUUCCUUUCCCACCUGAAGAAUCCGAUACCACGACUCGGAAUAUAGUGAUAAUAUGUACCCUUUUUGCUGCUGAGCUUAUUUCUGGGGUUCUUUUCUUUUGGAGAUUCCUGAAGAAAUACAUCAAGUAUAGAGACAUGGCUCGAACCUUUGGCCUCGAGUUCUUGCCUGCGGGGGGGCCAAAACGGUUCACCUAUGCAGAGCUCAAAACGGCAACGAAUGACUUCUCCAAUCUGAUUGGAAAAGGAGGAUUUGGUGAUGUUUAUAAAGGGGAAUUAACAGAUCACCGUGUUGUUGCGGUGAAGUGCUUGAAGAAUGUGACUGGUGGGGAUGCAGAGUUUUGGGCAGAGGUAACAAUUAUUGCCCGGAUGCACCAUCUCAACUUGGUCAGAUUAUGGGGAUUUUGUGCUGAGAAAGGUCAAAGAAUUCUGGUCUAUGAGUAUGUUCCUAAUGGUUCUCUUGAUAAGUACCUCUUCCCUGCGAGUCGGAUCCCCUCUUUAGAUAAGGAAGAGGAGAUGGAUCCAUCUGGCACUGACGUGCCCAAGCCUAUUCUUGAUUGGAACAUCCGAUACAGAAUUGCCCUUGGCGUGGCAAGAGCAAUCGCGUAUCUGCACGAGGAAUGCUUAGAGUGGGUGUUACAUUGUGACAUAAAGCCAGAAAACAUACUUUUGGGGGAUGAUUUUUGCCCCAAGAUAUCUGAUUUUGGAUUGGCAAAGUUGAGGAAAAAGGAGGACAUGGUCAGCAUGUCACGCAUCCGAGGGACCCGGGGGUACAUGGCACCGGAGUGGGUAAAGAUGGAUCCAAUAACUCCCAAGGCUGACGUCUAUAGCUUCGGAAUGGUGUUGUUAGAACUUGUGAGUGGGGUUAGGAACUUUGAUAUGCAAGGGUCAUUGAUGGACAGUGAAGACUGGUAUUUUCCAAGGUGGGCAUUUGACAAGGUUUUCAAGGAAAUGAAGGUGGAGGACAUCCUGGACCGUCAAAUUAAGCAUUGUUUUGAUAGCCGACUGCAUUUUGACUUGGUGGAUCGCAUGGUAAAGACUGCACUCUGGUGCCUCCAAGACAGGCCAGAGGCAAGGCCAUCCAUGGGGAAGGUUGCUAAGAUGUUGGAAGGGACUGUGGAGAUCACAGAACCGAAAAAACCCACAAUCUUCUACUUGGUAGAUGAGUAAAUACUUGAAUACUUGAUUAGUGUGCGAGUUAAUUUCUUGACGUUUCUAUGUAUGUAGAUGUAAUUCAUUGCUUUUAGCAAUGGUGGUUACUGCUUGAUUGCCUGAUUUCUGUCAUCGAUGGGAUCUGGGAGUGACAACUGACAAGGUUCAAAUUCCUCCUAAACAUACAUAGGAGCCUGUAAUUUUGUUGGGAAGGCAUAUUUUAUUAGACUUCUUUGGAGUAGAUAAAUGUUAAAUAAAA